AGCCUCUUUUUGUCGCGUAAUGCCAUCGAGUAUAUUGCACCGGGAACAUUCAUAGAUCUAGAUGAAAUCAGAGAACUAUUCCUCGACAACAACCAUCUGUACACGGUCUCAGCAGGAACCUUAGCCGGCCUCAAGAAGCUUGACAUGAUACGAUUUGACAACAACCGGAUUUCGAGCAUUGCUGUUGGAGUCUUUGAGGGCGCAGCGGCAGCACAGACAGUUUCCAUAUCUAACAACAACCUCGUCACCAUCGUAGCUGGCAUAUUCAGAGGACUGAGUAGCGUGAGGCGAAUUUCGAUUGAUCAUAAUGCGUUAAGCUUCAUCGAACCUGGCGGUUUCUAUGGGAUGCCAAUGCUCAACUCUAUCGAUUUGUCGUACAACGAGCGCCUGACAUCUAUCGACAAGGACAUGUUUAAUCUGACUGAACUCACAUCACAAUUCGUGAUGUUUAACCUAGAAGGUUGCAAAUUGGAUUGCCAAUGUGACAUUGACUGGCUUAACGAGGCUCCAUUUACUACUUCGAAUGCCUAUUGCGCAACUCCACCGGAACUGUCCACAAUCGAACUGCCGUCUUUAAAAUGC